GUCAGUCCGGUGGUCAGCGAGUGCAGGGCGGACUGCUCUUUCAGUGACAGCCAGUGAUUCCAAGCGAGAUGACAGUGCGGUGACGCGCGGCGGCGGUGAUGGCGCGCCGGUGACGAUGGCGGCGCCGGUCGGUCGGCAGCCGCGCGGCCGGCGGCGCCCGGUCAGCGUCGACCUGGGCCUGGCCGGCCUGCUCAACCGCUACCUGAGGCCACGCUCGGCCGAACGCCGGCGGCAGCGGCACUCGCUCAAUGACGGCGUCGGGGGUGACCCCGCGCCGGGACCGCCGGACGCCGACACCGGCUUCGUGGCGGCUCCGAUGGCGGGUCCGGCUCCGGCGCCGGGUCCGGGCGCUGCGCCGAUGCCGGCCCCGGGCCCGAGCACGCUACCGAUGACCGAGACGGCCUCACGGGAGCCGCGCCUGAAGAAGCGUCCCAACACGGAGGCCGAGCGGCCGCGGUCUCUGUCCCAGCUGGGUCACUUACUACCGCAGCUCGGCAGUGUCCUCCCUAGCGUCAUCGGGACACGCAGAGCGCCGCAUGAUCCCGCAAAGAUAACGGCUGGCACUAUGGAGGCCAAGAAGCGGGGCACCCUGCGCGGCCCGCAGGCCCGCCGCUCCCCCGAGGCGCCCGUCACACUGCGGGGAUGGCUGGACAAACAGGGCUCGGAGCGGCUGCGACUCUGGAAGACGCGUUGGUUUGUCCUCUCAGAGUACUGCCUCUACUAUUAUAAAGACGCCCGUGAGGACAAGCUGCUGGGCUCUAUUACGCUGCCCUCCUACCGCGUCUGUCCCGUCUCGGCCGAGGACAGGGUGCACCGCAAGUUCUCGUUCCGUAUCGAGCACGCCAACAUGCGGACCUACUACUUCGCCUGCGACACCAAGGAGAAGAUGACCGAGUGGAUGAACGCCAUCAGCCUGGCCAGCAUCAUGCAGAAGGACCCGGG